AUGGCUCAUUCCUUCAAAACUGUGACUUCUUUCGCUAUCACAGCGUGGGAAAGGCCGGAUAAUACGGAGACCUUAAUCUGGAACAAGAAAGAUCUCAAUGCAAAUUACGGGGCAAGAAGAGGAUGGACCGCGCGUACCGACCUCUUGGAGUUUUGA